AUGAAAAUAUUCGCUGCGCAGGUGCCCUUUCAACCGGAAGCACAGCGCUGGUUAAAUCCGAGAAGGCUGAAGAUCGCCUACUGCGGACGUGUUGAGACAUCUGAUGGACGUGUAGGAGACGACGACACCCUGCAACCAUGGCGGAGACACCAACCUCACCAACCUCGCCAACCUCCCCCCUCAGAAGACUCUGAUGCCACCUAUCUGAGUUUUGCCAACCCCAACUACCAUUUUGAAGAUCGUCUCAACUCCAACCUGUCCAACAACAACAAUAACAACAACAACAGCGAGGAUGAAAACGUCAAUAGCGAAAACGACAAGAACCUUUCCCUCACCGAUACCAAGGUGACCCUGAACCGGAAGAAAUAUGCAAACAUGGACUUGUCCGACAUGGGCAUCAUCACCAGCCCUGUCAAACUCCUGUCACCGGAUAAAACCUUCAUUCUGGAUAAGCUGAACUCGCCAGACAGCGAUGAGAACAGCGACGAUGAGACGUAUGGACGUCGACAUUUUGAUGAGUCGGAUGACCUGCUGGAAGGGAGCGAGAUCAAGGAAGAUGAUGAGGUCACUUGUUACACCAACAUCCCUUCCAAACCAAAGGGGUUCAUGGGGUAUUACUCCCUUCUGGAGGCUAAGGCCCGUGAGCGACAGAACACACAAGUCGACAGCCCUGACAGUCCUGAUGAUGGCUUGGAAGUUGUGGAAGAUGAGGAAACUCCUCUUGAGGAAAAGGCUCCAGAAGAAAAGUUCGAGGAAAGCACCAUGAUCAACUCCCCAGACUCCAAUGACAGUGGUAUCCAUUCGGAUGCCCGCUCGGACGAUGGUGUGAGUCAUGUGUCGGGACCGGUCAAUGAGGAUGAACUUGUGGUGGACAAACCACAGAAGGAUUCUUCAGAGGAAGAGGCAAGCACAGAAGAAUCAGGUACCAGUGAGUCCGAAGAGAGCAGCUCCGAGAUUUUGCCCCCUGGCUGGGAGAAGUGUGAAGAUGACGAUGGCGCUUACUACUGGCAUAUCAAGAGCGGGACCAUUCAGCGGGACCCACCUUCACCUUUGACCCCUGAGCAAACAACACUGAGAUCCAUCUCCAUUGCAAGCGAAUCGAGCACUCUGGGGACCAGCAGCUCCAUCCCCUCCUCCCCGACCAGCAUCACCUCCAACACUGAGGAACACCUGCAGGAGUUUGAGGGCCACGCCCUGCAGUACGCUGCCAAGUCACUCCAGUCUUUGUGCUCCCCUCUGGAGAGAAAAGAAAGUCUGCCUGAUGAACUCACAGAGAAACCGAUCCGAUUUGCGGUGAGGUCAUUAGGCUGGGUGGGAAUAGCAGAAGAAGACCUGACGCCCGAAAGAAGCAGCAAGGCUGUCAACAAAUGUAUUGUUGAUCUCUCCCUGGGGAGGAACGAUAUUAACGACGUUGUUGGAAGAUGGGGAGAUGGCAAAGACCUGUUCAUGGACCUGGACAGCACCAGUCUACGCCUCAUGGACACCCAGGACUGCAGCCUCCUCAACUGCCAGCCAAUCCACUCCAUCCGAGUGUGGGGAGUUGGGCGGGACAAUGGGAGGGAAAGAGAUUUUGCGUAUGUUGCGCGGGAUAAGAUGAGCCGCCGCCACAUGUGUCACGUGUUCCGCUGCGACACCCCAGCAAGGCAGAUCGCCAACACGCUGAGGGACAUCUGCAAGAAGAUCAUGGUGGAGAGGACAGCUAUGCAGAGACUCAGCCGACCUACGGACCUGCCUAAUUUGGAGAAAACCAACCAGCCAAAUGGACAGAAGCUUUCCUUCCAGAGUCUCUAUUCCAAUGCAUCGUUCCCGACUCCAAUGGAGGAACCCAAAAAGAACAUCCGGUGCCACUACUUGGGCCAGAUGGAAGUCGACAGAGCCACAGGUAUGGACACAUUGAAUGAAGCGAUAGAGCGAGCAUAUCGCAAGGUGCCCCCUGAGAGAUGGCUUUUUGUCAAUGUUGCUAUAGCACCCUCAACACUCACCAUCUCUGAACAUGGGAGACCCGAGAAUAAGAUUGAUGAAUGUCGAGUCCGCUUCUUAUCCUUCAUGGGUAUUGCUAUGAACAACGUCAAAUUGUGUGCAUUCAUAAUGCACAAUGCACAGGACGACUUCUACGCCCAUGUGUUCCAUGAGCCUUCAGCUGGUCCUCUGUGUAAAACCAUUGAAGCUGCUUGCAAGCUCCGUUACCAGAAAUGUCUGGAUGCACAUCCCCAGACACCAAAGACACCAUCACAGGGUGGAAAGAACAUUGGCUCCACUCUCAAGAACGGUAUGCAGUCAGUCCUCGGGUCAAUUGCUCAGCUGACAUCACCCAAGUGAGGUGGUGUUGUUGCCAUGGAGAUGUCGAGGCCCCAUUACAUGGAGACAGGGCUUGAGAAACGACAUUACGAUGAACCUUGUCACUAGAUUAUGCUGAAAACAACAACAUACACAAAGCCUUUCACUAAUGACAGCACCUCGUGUAGAGACUGGUGGCCAACCCUCCCAGUUUGAUAUCAGCUGAGCACACGUUUCUUUUCAACCAUUCGCUGUUGUUUACAACCAUUUCUAACUACAUCAAUGGUGAUUUUGCCCAAAAUGAUUUAUUUAUUUUAGUUGUAGUUAUUUGGGUAGAAGCUUUUGACACAGGCGAUAUGCAUGUAUGAAAUUGAUUGACAGCUGUCAAUUUGUGUCGGGAAGUACCAUUUGCUGAUAUGAAACUUACAUGUUUGUACAUUUGAUAAUGGUUGGUUAAUACACUACUGAUCUGAUUGGCUGAAAUGUGAAUGUGUGAGCUGUCAGUCAGGAUGAUUGGCAGAUAUAAGUGGUAUUUGUAUUGUUGAAAUGAGCUUGUUCUUUUAACAUGACCAAGAUUAAAAAAUGUGCAUCACUGAAAAUGUUGCAACUGACAAGUGUGUAUUUCAAUGUCUCUGUUUACACCUGCAUAUUGUGGUAUACAUACACCAUUAGUCUGUUGUACACAUCAAAAUUGACUGUAUUUGCUUAUGUACAGUAAGUCAAUCAAAGUCUCAUUCUGAGGGAUGUUCAGUGAAACGAUGUUUUUUUCAAAUCUCAUCAUCCGAAAGCCCACCUUCUAAAAGAUCACUACUGGAACGGUUACAUUUAUACAAAGUGACAUAACUCGGUGACCAUGAUUCUUUAAUCGUGAAAUUUGAAAUUGGGAUAAUUUCGUUGUUAAUUCUCCACCAGGAUGAGCAUGGUUUCGCCGUAGUAAGAUCCUGACACCCCCAUUUGACUUGCCUUGGACUCCACCAACUUACAUGUUACUAGAGCUUGUUCACUGGAUAUGAUUUUCCUAACCACUUGUUCAGAUUCUUUGAAGGAUCACUCAAGUAUGUUGAUGUAUGUUUUAUUGUUAGACAGCAGUAAGAGUUCAUUGUUAUUUUAUGUAUAUUAUUGGUCAUACUAGAAUUGACACAGUAUUUUACAAUCUGUUUUGCAAUGUUUAGAAACAAAAUGGCUAAACUAACCAUAGAAUGUGAUAAUACUUUAUUUGUUGUUUUAGACCUGAAAACCAAUUUAUUAUGCCUUUGUCAAGUUAAUGCAAAUUUUUGUUUGUGUGAUUUUAACAAAGCAUGAUAUAUUAUUACCAGCCUUUUACUCCAACAUAAAUGGCUGUAGCCUGUAUUUGUAUGUAUGAUAGUAACCGUUAACAAUACAGGUGUAUCAUAAUACAAUGUACUGUACGCACCUAUACUUAGGUAUUAGGACUUUUAAAAUGUAACGUUUUGGUGACACAAUUAGAUAGGAUUAAAAAGGAGAGACAAAAAGGGGAAAUAAUUUUGAUUUUGAUUGUAUAUAUACCAGUUUUAUUAAUUCAUGGCAGUAAAAUUGUAAAUGUUUGGAUUAUUGUGCCAUUGAAACAUGGCAAAACUAGUGCUACAGUAACCCCAAAGUCCUACAUAUUGCCCAGGGUUGUACAUGGGCUUGUGCAAUGAUAGGUUGGGAGCUUUAGGGAAAGAUGAUCAAUGCAUUUACUUUACAACUUGGAGGUGGGUGUUGAGUAUGGUCAAGUUUUCAUUCUAUUGAACAGGGUAGAAACACAGCAGGAACACAUUCAUUGUCACAAGUUUCCUGUACUCAUGUCAUUCUGUCAAUGUAUUGGGUGCUGACUCAGACUCAUAAACUUACAAACCAUUGCAUAAAACACAAGGUAAAACAUUUGGUUACAACACUUUGGAUACAAUUAUGGCAAACGGUACCUACUAUAUGAGAAACUGACCACAGUUGUUUUUUUAUAAGGAUGAUAUACAAUUGAAUAUUGCAUAGAUAAUAACGCCCUUGUGUUGAUAAUGCAUUCAUACUAUAACACCUUAGUUUGUUCCACUUGUAGUAGGGGGCAGUGGGGUAGCCUAGUGGUUAAAGCGUUGGCUUGUCACGCUGAAGACCCGGGUUCGAAUCCCCACAUGGGUACAAUGCGUGAAGCCCAUUUCUGGUGUCCCCCGUCGUGAUGUUGCUGGAAUAUUGCUAAAAGCGGCAUAAAACCAAACUCAGUCAGUCAGUCCACUUGUAGUUCUCUUACUUAGACAGUUGUCAAAUGAAUAUUAUUGCUUUCCUUGUUAGCCAUUUUUCAACAGAGAUUUGUUUUAAAAGGUUUUCGUGGGAAGGCAUUUAGAAUUUAACAGAAAUGUUUGCAUCAUAUUCCUGGUACUGCCAUUCAUCUGAACUAGUUUGGUUUUCUUCACAUCAUUUAUUUCCUGCUGAUGCAUAGUUGUAAAAAUAUUUUGUUCAUCGAAUCAAAACUGUUCUCGAAGAAAUGCAAUGUGUAUAUAACAUUAGUUACUGCUGGUAUUUUCUGUAGCUGUGAAAAAUAAUGAUAACGAUGAAUCGUAAUGUAUCACUUCCGUUUUUCUGUCAAAGAAAAACAUAUAUUUUCUCAUAAUGUGUAAGGGAUCUCUCAAUUAUUGAUCACUGCAUUUUUGUUAGUUACAAUGUUUUAUGCUUUUAGUACUUUUAUUUUGAAUUGAUUUUUAUAUCCAUUUUUAUAAUAUACAUUAUUUUUGUUCUUUGAAAUACACAUAUCAGUGUUCUGUGUUUAAAAAUGUAUAUUCAAAUUUUGGUUACAGAGUUAAUUUCAAAGUUGAAAUAAAUCAAGUUCUGUUUUAUUAGGCUCUUUGAAAACUAAAAAAACAGUCACAGUUUUGUGUGCUGUUCAAACUUAUUUUAUAGAAAUCCUAAAGAUGUAAAUUAUAUUCCAAACUUGUUGAAUCAAACAUGUCAAUGAACAAUUACUAACGUUGCAUAAUUAUACCUAAUCAAGACUUGGUGUUGCUGUUGUCUUCAUGUUAUUACAAUGCAGUGAAACUAGACACAUAGAUCUGGAUCACCUGUCUGGAUUAACUGGUAACUGAUUAUGUUUCUCAAUACUUGCAUUUAUGUAUUAGCUCAGAACAAUUGAUUCGCCAUUUGUGAAACUAAAGAAAGAAGUAAUAAGCAUGUCUUUUUUAAAACUGAUUUGAGGUUAUUUUUAUAAAAAUAAAAGUUGUCAAAUGGAAUUUAAAGCAUGAAAGAAAACAUAAUAUUUAAGAACAUUUAAAUUGAUCUGGCAUUAGAGACGUAUUCUCCAACAUAGGUUUGUGUUACUUGUGACAGCAUUAAGGAUUGUACGGAAUAUGGUACUAAAGACCAAAAUGGUGGCUAUUAGAGAAACCAACUUCAUGGCCCAAUACAGCAUUUAUCAGUGAUUGAUUUACAUAACCAGACUUCUGUUAACUAAUGCUAUCAAACCAAAAUGCAAAGACACAGUGAAAGUGUUAAUAUUUUUUUCCAGCAGCAAAUAGUUUUAACUGGCAGAGUUACCUCCCAUUUUGCUGUGUGACUCCAUGCAGGGUUGUCCAGUAAUGCUGUGGAGCUCUGUGAGAUAGCCCCAGUUGCAGUAUUUGGCAUCGCCAGCAAAGUUCAACGUGUAAAGGUUGCUGAAGAAUUUACUGACAUUGAAAUUAUUACCAUUUUCAGACUUGAUUAUCAUAAAUGGUAUAUGUCUCCCUGCAUCUUCAUGCAGUCAUGCAUAAAUGUUGUUUUUCUGAGCUCUUUUCUCUUUCCUAAUUGUCUUGUCUUGUCAUUGUUUUGUGUACAUGUUAGCAAAAUAAUAAGAAAAUGAACCCUACCCUCUCAUGCUAACUUACAAUGAGUGAGCAUGCGUUUGAGAGGGACAUUGUUUAAAUUUUGAAUUCAAUUUCAUCAAACCAGUUUUAUUUAAAACUGGAUAUCAUGGGCUGAAAGAACUUUGGAACCCAACUCUUUUUGGAAUUUAAUUUAUAUAUUUGAAACAGUUUACCAAAUGAAAAAUCUGUUGUCAUUCUGCUGAGCAGAACGUUUCCAUGUAAUUGUUUUCCGUAAAGAUAUUCUGUAAUUUAACUGUGUGAAUCAGCAAGUCGAGAAAAUCAAUUUGAAUAUCAAUAUAUGGAAUUUCUUAAAAUUUUGACUUUGCCCCCUUUGAUCACAGUGGCCUUAACACUCAUUUUCUUCUUUUUUCGAUGGUCAGAUGUCUUGUCUAAAGCUGUAAUUUGAAUCAAUUUGCUUAAUGGAUCAGCCAGUUCUGCUUCUGGCUGUGUGGUGUGUAUAAACAGUAGGUGCUGUUGUGCGCUGGUCUGUUUAGCCGGCUGGUCCAUGGUAAUGAUGAUCCCUUCUGCAGCAUGAGUCUUCAUCCCUGUGCAUUUAUAUUUUACGUUCUAUUUAAAUUUAUGCACAUAAUUAAUAUCAGUAUUUAUCAUUAAAAUUCAUAUGUAGAUCAUACUUGAAAAUUGGUUUGAAAUGUGCAUUUCGUCUUUGCAAGCUUCGACUUACUUUGCUCAAAAUUUACCAUUCCUUUGUAUAGCCUGUUUUCCCAGCCUUUGCUCAAGAUGUUUCAGUGAUGAAUUAGUCACAGGUUCCAGCUUGUGAAUUAUUAUCAAGUUGUGUGUCUCACCUGUCCUUGACAUUGUCUCAUGUUCUGUGUCCUCUCAAAGCAAUAAUACGAUAUUUGCUGCAGAAGGGAUGUCUAUGUCAGCUUUGUGAAAGUGACGCGUCUAUUUGUGAAAUGUGCAACUGUUGUUGAGUUACGUGUCCCUUUCUCAACCUUCACUUAUAGCAAACUGCAUGAAGAUAUUUAGUAUUUAGGAACUACAGGUUGAGUCUUUCAACAGUACUUGUUUGUAAUUUCUGUGUAGGAAGCACUUUUAACAUGCAAGUCCCUUUAACUGUACAAAUUUGUCACAUUUUCUAUAGAAAGAGUCUGGCUGUCAUCGGCAAUGUGCAAUUUCCAUGAAUUUAUCCAUUUUCUAAAGUUUCAGAUAACUUUUGUCCAACUAAUUAUAUGUCUAAAGCAUGUUACAGACCACCUGUUUGUUUCAUAUUCUGUAGUUAAUGGAAAUGUACGUAUUUGUACAUUACACAAAUAUUUACUUGUCUUUCAUAGAUCCAGCACUCAAAUUUUUGUAAUUUUGAUCAAAUGAAUUUAUAUAAAUAUACACAUCUCUUUUUAACUUACACCUCUGAAUCAAGACAUAUGCCACAUUUUAUAGAAGUUGAAAUCAAAAUGGUAUCUUAUCUAAUGAGGUGGCAUCGUGGUAGGCUGGUGGUUAAAGUGUUUGCUCGUCACACCAAAUGUCCAGGUUCGAUUCUCCUCACUUCUACUACGAAGUCCUGAUGCUCUCUACAGUGAUAUUUGCUGGAAUAUUGCUGACACUUGAGUAAAGCCAUACUCUUUCACUCACUCACUCAUCAAAAGAGAUCCAACAAAAUGAAAUAGCUUUACAAUUUCACCGAUUUAUGUCAAGGAAAAUGGAUGAAAUUCACCAUGCCAGCCCUUUGCGAAUAUGAGUAUUGUGUAGAUAUUUACUACAUUUAACAUAUCUGUAUUUGUACCUUGACUGUGUUAGUUAUCAAGGUUUGCGUGAUAGACUCUGCUGGUGGUACCCAGGCAUUUUGCACCAUACAAGGAUCUAACAUUCCUGUUUAUUUUAGAACUAUUUAAUUUAUUUGCUACAGCAAGUCAGUGUUGGUUGUGUGUGUGUUCUGUGAUAAUUCAAACACGUUAAUCAUGUUUUAAAUGUUAUACAUUUGUUGCUUUUAAGACUGUACCAUUUGUUUUAAAAUCUUUCUGCUGCUAGAAACAAAAAUGUGAUUCCAUUCAUUGGUUAGAAUCAAUUCUUCAAAAAAUCAAACGAUUUCUUCAAAACCUUACAUCAAAAGAAAACUCAAAAAACAUUUUGUAUCAUCAAUUAUUGUAUUUUAAGCAUAUCAUGCAUAUUAUUAUUAAUAAUAAUAAUAGUAAUACAAUACUAUAGUUCCAGUACUAUUCCUGAUCUCUAUAGGUAUUCUAGUCACAGUAUAGAUAGUUCUAGUUGUGUAAUCAUUGAUAGUUAUAUAGUUACCGUAGAUGUCAUUUAUUAUCACAUAAUAACAGCACUUUAUGAAGUGUUACGGCUAUAAAUGCCAUAUUGUAUUUAUGAUUAAAACAGCCAACUGAGUAUCAGAUGUUGUCUGAAGUUACUCUGUCAGCAGCAGCGCCGAACAGUUCGUUACAACGCAUUUCUGUUUUAGCUUGUCCAUGGGUCUCUGUUCUUCAAAUACUCAACUAUAUUUGUGCAUAAAAACUGUUUUAUUUAAGUGUUUCACAGUUGUCGAUACAAUUUAGCUUGUAAUAGAAGUGAUUGUUAACCCUUUUUCUGCUAAAUUCGAUAGAUGGUUUAUUGGUUUGGGUUAAAUAUGUUUGUCACUUGAUGAAUUAUGGUACAUCAUUUGUGUGUUUUAUUGGGUAAAAUUUAUUGAACUGAAAAUUUGCAGUGGUUUCAGGUUUCUCAUAAGGAAUCUCCCCUGUGAGCUGUUAUGAUUGCAAAAUUAUAGAUGCCUUUUAGAAAACAACUUUAUGAACGUGGUUAUUUCAGAAAAACUUUUCAAAGUUUUCAUCUCAACUUGCCAAGAGAUGUUAUCCAUGUUUUUUUAUGAAAAUGUGUGUUAAGGAGUUGCAUGUCUUGAACAGACUAAUUAUCCAAACAAACUGUCUUGUGUCUGUUUUUGCACAGAUAAUUUGAAAAUGUGACAUACCUAAAAACAUUGCAAAAGUCCUUGUUCCAGAUUUUGUACUUUUUGAACUUUUGCCAACAUUUGAUUUCAGCGAAAACAAGCUGCAUUGCUCAUGACAUCAAUUUACCUGAAACACACAUUCUCAUCCAGUACUUAGCAGAGAAAGGGUUACUCUCCAUUGCAUUACCUUGCAAAUGUUGGAUAGUAGAUCUACCUAUAGGUAUGGCUUGCAGGUGUGUUGGCAUCAGAGUUGUGCUGAUAAUUACUCGUGCAAGUCACAACACAGGAGGAUGACAGAGGCUAAUAAAUAUAUUAUGCAA